GGUAUCAGUUUAUUAGGUUCAUUUCCGGUGUUAUUUAAAUGCUGCACGGUGUCUUCGCAAUAGUUCGAAUUUGCUUGUGCUCGAUUUUUUUUACUGGCAGAUUCUUGUUUACUAUUGAUCUGUAGCAGAAAAGUGACCUUAUUGUUCUAUAGCCACAACAUCAUAAUGUUACUGUGGUUUGGAUUGUGUUUGCUGUUAGCCGCUGCUAAAGCUCAGUCCGAGGAAGACUUAAUUCCGGGAAAAUUUCCCAUUCCCUUGGAUGCGCCGAAACUAGAGGAGAAUCCUGUGCAUCAGCUGGCCAAAGCCAAUCCCGGUCAAGGAUGCUACUGCGACAAGGUGUCGGCGAUGUGUGCCUGUUGUGAGGAGAUGAAGUUACCGCGCGUCCAUCUCGACGAAAUUGGCUGUGCCGAAAUUGUUUAUAUGCCGCAAUCACUGGGGGCGUCUUUCAUCCUGGAAGUGGAUAACUUCAUCCUCGUUAACAAGACCGUUUCCGGAGAAGCGUUUAAGGCUCUUGUUGCUCUAUAUACAGCACGUGACCCGCCACCCCUAUGCUACACCAUUCCGCAGAUCCCGCUGGAUGCCCAGCUGUGUCUGCAGGUGUACGAUCUGGACUUCAACUGGGCCAAACUGGAUAUUAGCGGCUGUGUUAAUUUCCAGGGAAAAAUCGAAGGCUUGUCGAUUUUGACCAUCAAGCUGGGCUGCUUCAAUCUGCCGCUGAAGGAAGCGCCGCACGGACUGCACGAACGGGAGGAACUAUAAACACCGUUCGCGUUUCUCUUUGAACAUGCAGCAGUUUUUAUUGGCUUUUGUUGUGUUUAUGCUGAAUAUGAUGUUCGUAGCAAAAUCCGCCGUCAUUUACUGACACUUUAGUAUUAUUACUUUUCAAUUUCCGUGUGCUGUAUUAGCAAGUUCUGAUCUGUGAUAUCAGUGAUAAAUCCAUUGUACAGAA